CAGUGUUUUUAAAAAAGCGGCGGUUGGUGCUUCAACUUCCCUUGACAUUUCCUUAUCACACUGUCACUUCUAAAGCAAGAAAGCGAUCCUGGUGUUUGAUGGUAAACAUACAGCACUAUCACAAUGCAGCAGCAGCAGCAGAAGUAUCCAGAGAAGUGUGGUCUUCUAGGCAAACUGUGCUCUGGGCAGAAGAAAUUGGAAGGGAAGAUCUUCUAUCUAGACCAAGUGAAAAAACGUUGCACAGCCUUGCUUUUGGAGGCUAUAUGUCUUCUUGGAGGGAAAGUUGAAAGCUUCCUGCACAAGGAUGUGAACUUUGUUGUCACUGGAAACCAGGAGGGUCUGACAGAACAGAGGUCUCUGGAUAGCAAAGCAGGGACCAAAGUCAUGAGUGAAGAACCUCAGCGUCCUGUUAGGCAGCGGGAAAGUAUCUUCAGCAAUGACAAACAGCGACCAAGCACCAGUAGACCAAUGGCUUGUGGCAGCCGGGGGAAGGCUCUGCUCGAAAAAGCCAUUCGUAACAAUGAGCGACUACAGGGGAGCAGUGUUUUGGCCAAUGCCCGAUCAUGGGGAGUCAAGAUUUUGCAUGCAGAUGAUGUCCUUUUAUAUCUGAAACGGCUCACUCGAGAGAGCAUCAGCGCUAAACAGAAGUCAGAGAAAGUGCACCCCAAACAAGGUUCUCAUGUUGUCAAAGCCACAGCUUUAAGGUCUCCCUAUCUUAAAAUUGAAGAUUCAAGCAGGAAAUACAAGCCUUUGCAUAUGCAGUCUAUGACCUUCCCCACUAUGUACUAUUUGGGCCGAUUCAGUCCCUUUGAAUGUCCUCCUCCUCCUCGGUUUGACAAAUGGGCUGAGCCAGAAAAGAAGAAAAACCGGGAGAUGAGCAAAGUUGAAAACAGCAUUGAAGACAAAUCAAAAUCUCCACUCAGCCCACUCAGUUGUAACCCGUCACCUUGGAAGCCACGCAAAAAGGACCUGUCUUAUUGUGAAUGCUGCCAGCAAGCAUAUACUAAUCAGGACGAGCAUUUACAGUCCAGUCAGCACCGUACGUUUGCUCUGGAUUCCUCUAACUACGGUAUGGUGGAUCAACUCAUCGCUGCAAUGAUUCCAGGAUUUGACCCCAAUCCAUCCGACCAGUUGGAAGAACCACUAAACAGACCACCAACUCCUGUGCCCCUCCAAGAUGUCUGUGAACUGGAGCCACUCACUGAUGUUGAGACGGAGCAUGCUGUCCAGGCCUUGAGAAUGCAACACUCACCUUUCAGUGCUCACAUCUCUAGCCCUACUCGAGGCCCUGCCAGUCCAUUCCAGGGAGUUCAGUGUCUCAUCACAAAUGAAGCAGAUGUGGACAUGCAGCUUUUGACUCCAGAGACAGACUGCCAGGUUCCUGAAGGGCAGGUUCACAAUUUAAGCCCCACUAUGCCCAUGUUGGAUCCCGAGCCAGUAUGCCACCACUCAAUCUGCCAGCAGCCUGAUAAGCCUCCAUCUUCUUGCCCUGACAUUCACUGUCUAUCGUCUGAUAAUUGCUUCUUGCCACCGGUCCUAAGCCCACAAGUCCCCAACCCCUACCACAUGGAGCCACAUAGCCCUUAUUCGGAGCCACCUGUGCUCAGUCCUCAACAAUAUCCUGCAGAGGAGCCAAUGGAAGAAGACUUUUGUAAAAUGGAUUUCCCAGCUGACACACUACUCAUUUCAGCUCCAGUUUUUCACUUCAAGUCUUUGGUAAAAGCAGAGGGAGAAGUAGAGAUGGAUCAGAAAAAACUGCUAGGUCUCAGUCGGACCGUAUGUUUGAACAGUAUCAUGGAGUGUAACAGACUGGGUUCGCAUAGAUCUCGUUCUCUUCCUCGGCCGUCCACUAAGCCUUCAAACCCCAAAAAGCGCUGCCGAUCUGCUAGUCCUGCAUGUAGGCUGAGCAAAAGGCGAAGGAAGACAUCUGUGGGUGGCUACAGCAAUAAGUGGCUUGAGAAGUCGGAAAGUGAACUUACGACAAUGAUUGAGGACUUUUCAUUAUUUGACAAGAAGUCGAGUCAAAUGAUUCAGUCCAGUCCUAUACCAGUUUCUCCCAGUAUAUGCACAGUGCAAAGACUUGGGUUAAAACAACAGACUUCUUCCACAGUCAGUGUCACUUGUGUGAAGGAUCAGACCACAUGGCCGCUGCACUCACAAGCAUCACUAUUAGCUACUCCACUUCAAUUCCCCAGUGAUAAAUGUCAGAGUGUGUUUUCUAGUCAAGACUCUCAGCACUCUCUUUCCCACUCGACCUCCAUCUGCAUAGAGCCAGCCCUCAUCCCAGAUUUCGCUACACUGGAUCCGUCAUCGUCAGACUCUGACUGGGACUCUGACCUGCUGUCACGGCUUGGCCCGGCAUCAGUGACCCCCGCGUCACCCACUGAACAGAUCUGUGAACUCGACAAAGAACUCCUCCACAGGCCAUGCACCUGGAUGCACGACACCAGCUAUGAGUCACGUCUUCAUACUGUCCUUCAGCCCUCAACCCAAACAGUAUCCCUGUGUGGGGACGAAGUGGAUCCCACAGUGUUUUCCAGGACUGUAGUGCAGAUUGUUGAGGUUCAACACUGAUAUUUAUUUAUUUUUGUAGAUUUUUAUUUGGAGGAACUCAGUCUCAUGAACUGGAAGUAUGACUCAAAUGGUGUAGUAAAUCCUUGACAGCUGCAUAUGCGAAUUGGCAGCGCUCAAGCUCAUAAAUAUAAGUCAAGCAAGUGUACACUGAAUAAAUAUUUAUAACAUUGUACAAACUAAAAUAUAAUAGCUGCUUUUAGAGAUGUAUUUUUUUUACAUUUUUAUUUGUUUUGUUGUACUUGAUUUUACUUUGUGUUGUGGACACCAUAUCGUCCAAUGAAUUUGAAGAACAUCCAUUUUAUUCCUGUGCACUAAACCCCAAACAUUACUGUGUAUGACAUGCUGACUUUCAGCAGUCUUUGUGCAGCUGUGUCCAGGAACACAUGGUACUAUUGAGGAUUUAAUGAGGCUUUUCUGAAGGGGCAUUACUCAAUUACUGUAAGUGCUGCGUCUGGACCCGAUCCCACAUGCAUCUGCGCUGAUGGUUGUACAGAGGAGGCGUUUGUAGAGUGGAGGAUUCACACCACCCGUGAGAUAGGAAAAACUAUUAAUGUCAGAGUCUGCCUUUUGAAGGUGGUUCAGAGGUGUUACUGGGGUCACAGACGUAAGAUAUGUCCACUUGUUGGUGCUGAAAGUUGAAGUCAUUUACCUUUAGAGAUGUGUCACUGCCCAUCCUAAUGGACAGUUAAGAACAACGUCCGAAAUCACAUCUUAUGAAUUGAUUUCAGUUUCUGGAGAACUAGCAGUUCUCUGGAAAAUAUGAACUUGUGUGUUUUUAAAUAAAUGUUUUUAACCAUAUUU